GUUGUGGUGGUUUCUUUUUGGAAAGCAGAGAGAGAACACACCAAGGCGGUGUUGGGGCAAGGGCAGCAGCAGCACUAACAGCCAAAACGACCCCUCCAGCUGCAUCCCAGCCCCUGCCCUGCUCCUCCAUCACUGCUGUCAGGAUGAGAGCUGUGGGGCUCUUCUUGCUGUGUCUGCCAGUGCUCCUGGUCCAGGGCCAGUACAGCAGGUUUGAAGGCAUCACCUACCCCGAGCCGGUACAAUAUUCCCAGUACGACCAGCAAUCAGAAAUUCAGGAUUACUAUGACUACAGUGAUGCCACCCCUCGUGCCCCUGAGGAGCAGUUUCGGUUCCAGUCCCAGCAGCAAUCCCAGCAGGAAAUUGUGCCAGCCCCAACCCCAGCUGCUGCCCCUGAGACUGAGCCCACGGAGCCAGGACCCCUCGACUGCCGGGAGGAGCAAUACCCCUGCACCAGGCUCUACUCCGUGCACAAGCCCUGCAAGCAGUGCCUGAACGAGAUCUGCUUUUACAGCCUGCGCCGGGUUUACGUCAUCAACAAAGAGAUCUGUGUCCGCACCGUGUGCGCCCACGAGGAGCUGCUGCGAGCUGAUCUUUGUCGGGACAAGUUCUCCAAGUGCGGGGUGAUGGCUACAAGUGGGCUCUGCCAAACCCUUGGCACCUCCUGCGCCCGUAGCUGCGGUGGCUGCUGAGACGGGAGGGGUGAGGGACAACCCCAACCCACCCCCCCUACACACACACACACCCCCCAAAUAUUUCACCCACCAUCCCUCUGGAGACACCCCCCCUCCCCUUCAACUUUCCCACUUGCCUCUCCCACAUCCUCACCAUGGUGCUAAAGCAACUGUGCAUCAAAGGGCAUGAAACCCAAGCAAGGUCUGGCUUUUGAUGCACCUCACAAUUAAAAGAGGGAAAAACAAAAGGGGGGGUGUUAUUAUUUUUAUUGCUUUUGUUUAUUCUAUUGUAAGGGGGGGCCCCACCCCCCCAGAUUCUACAUAGAGUAUCCGAGAGAUAAAGUGUAA